AUGUCCUCCCUGAGUGAUCAGUUAGCUCAAGUUGCAGCAUCCAAUGCAUCUGUUGCAUUUGAUAGAAAAAAGAGACAGAAGUUACAUUCUGCCUCCUUGAUCUACAAUCCAAAAACCGCUGCAACUCAGGAUUAUGAAACUAUUUUUGAAAAUGCUCUAGGUGCCUUACAAGAGCUCUGUGAUAUCGAACCAAGAUUUCAAGUAUUCUCGAAGACUUUGUUUUCCGAAACUUCCAUAACCAUAGACAGAAAUGUUCAAAGUAAAGAAGAAAACAAGAAUUUAGAUAAUGCUAUUAAUGCAUAUUUGUUAAUGGUAUCUUCAAAGUGGCACUUGGCACCUGCACUACAUGCAACUGAAUGGCUUGUUCGUCGUUUCCAGAUUCACGUUCACAAUACUGAAAUUCUGUUGUUGUCUACAUUAAACUAUUAUCAGAGUCCAAUUUUUAAGAGGAUUCUUAAUAUUGUGAAAUUACCGGCCCUAUUUCAACCACUAUCAAAUUUUGUUAAGAACGAUAGCAAUCCUACAAAUAUUACAAUAAUUAAAAUGUUCAAUGACACGGAUUUCUUGAAACUAUACUCUAAUUAUUUAUCAAAAUGCAUCAAACAUAAGAGUACUUAUACCAACCAAUUAUUGUUCGUUACAUGCUGCUUUAUAAACUUGAUUGCCUUCAAUUCUAGCAACGAUGAAAAGCUUGAAUUUUUAGUCCCUAUAAUCCUUGAAAUAGCCGCAAAAUUAUUGGCUUCUGGUUCGACCGAUUGUCAAAUUGCAGCACAUACAAUCCUUAUUGUAUUUACAGCUGCUUUACCUUUGAAAAAGGAUAUAGUAGUAGCUGCUAUUGAAACUAUAUUAGCCAACCUGAAGGAUAAAAAAGCUGAACAAUCGGCAUUUUGGGCUGUUAUAAAGAUCUCUCAGACAUUGAAGGGUCAACAAGCAAUUGAACAUCUUCCAGCUAAUAUUUAUAAGAUAUUUGAUAAGCAUUAUACUUGGGUUAGAGUUUUAGAUCUGCUCACUGAAGAGCCAAGCAUUAAAUGCGAUAAGUUUAUGACGUCUUAUAUCAGGGCGAUGAUCAGAUUCGACCACUCUAAACUUGAUAUGGUUGUCCCAUUAGUUCAAAAAUUAUCCCUUGAAAAGUAUGAAUUCAGAAGCAUUGUUAUAGAUCUAAUUCAUUUAUCUGAGGUUUUAGAAGACAAGUCAAAACUUAUUGACUUGUUUGAGUUCUUGGUCAAAGAAAAUGAAAGUUUAGUUAUAAACUGUCUUUCAUCAUUAAACUUGACUGGUGAAAUGUUUGAGAUUCGUUUAACAACUUCUUUGUUUUCAAAAACUAAUGAUGAUAACGAGUUAGAACUGCUCAAGACCCUAAAUUCUCAUAAAAAUACCUCCUCAGACAAAAAGGAAGAAACAAAGCCUUUCAAGCAAUUUUUAGAGGAGAAUUCAGAAUUUAUAGUAACUAGUAAUAAGUCCAUGAUAUCUGAGGAUGACGAGAAGUUUAAUAAAAUACUUGGUCUGUUCAUCGAAGCAAUUGGUACGGGUUAUCAAGCUGGUCUAUUUCUAUCUUCAUUCAUGACUACACUUGAAGCUAGACUAACGUUCCUAUUGAGAGUCAUUGUGUCACCUUCCGCUCCGAUUGCUUUACGUUUACUAGCUAUGAAUAACAUCUCAAAAUAUAUUCAAAGCAUUGAUAAGGAGUUGAACUUAUUUACUUUAAUACCUUUCUUAUUAGUCGCACAAUCUGGGUCUUCCAAGAAUUUGAAGAUUAGUGUCAAGAAGAUUUUAGGUCAAAUUGGGAACAGACCAUUUACUAAGCACUAUUUUAUGAGUAACCAACUUUAUGGCGAGGGUAAGGACAUCAAGGUACCUAGUCCAUCGGAUAGUGAGAUGUGGACUAAAAACUUUAUUGAAAAUUAUGUUGUGGAGAACGUUGAUAUAUCUGGUGUUUUCAUUCCAAAGCAAGCUGAGAAGGUGUUUUUGUUAUUUUGGGCACAGCAGGUAUUAGACAUUCCUCUACCGUAUCCCCAAUAUAUGAUCCUAAACUUUCUUGGUAAAUAUGUCCCAAACACAGCAUCAUAUUCUGGCUUAUUUGAAGAAAGUAUCUCGAGUUAUUUGGAAAGAAGGGAGGAACUGCUACUUAGAUGUGCUCUGAAUAAAACAGAUCCGAUCCAAUUUGAAACGGCAAUGGUUAAUUUGAUCUCUAAUAAAGAAAAGCAUCAUUUCAUGUUGGAUUUCAUUAUAAAUGUCUUACAGUCAGAUUAUGAAGACUUGAUUCAAAUUCUAGUGGAUAGACUAGUUGAAGUAUUUGCAACAUUUAAGACGAGCAAUCAGUUGAGAAUUGUUCAGGAAAUAUUGCAAUCCGUUACGAAGGAAGACCAAAUUUACGACGCAUUAGGAACAUUACAGUCUCUGCAAAUAGAUCCAGAUACGUUUGUUUGUAUCUUCAAAGAAAACUCUAUAAAUUCUGAGUCUGAUGUGACUUCAUUUCCAAAAAGGAGAAGGAGACGCUCUUCUACCAAUAAGGCAGCUCUGCAAUCGGCUGAAGUCUCGCAAAUUGCUGAAGAUCACCUGAAAAAACUUACAAUCAUGUUAGAAACUUUGGACAAACAGAAGGUGAAGGGUUCUGAAGAAUUAUUGUCUUCUUUAUUUUUUACGUUAGCUGAUUUUGAAACUUUGGAUCAAGAUGGUGGUUUACCAGUUCUUUAUGCAGAGGAACUAUUAGCAUCGGCUAUGCUAAAUACCAUAAGGUCACUAAAAGAUCAAGGAUUGACACAAUUACAGAAUGUUAGAGCUGAUAUCAUUGUUUCAGCAAUUAGAACAUCUUCUUCUCCACAAGUUCAAAAUAAGUUACUCUUAGUUAUUGGGGAGUUAGCUACGUUGAGCUCUGAGAUAGUUUUACAUUCCGUAAUGCCUAUCUUUACUUUCAUGGGUGCUCAUAGUGUGAGACAGGAUGAUGAGUUUACAACACAGGUUGUGGAAAAAACGAUUUUGACCGUUGUUCCUGCUUUCCUGGCUGCCAACUCGGAAAAUAUUACUGAAGAAAUAGAGUUUUUAGUAAUGAGUUUUGCAACAGCUCUGCAACAUAUCCCAAAGCAUAGAAGGUUGCGGUUAUUCACUACUCUUGUUCAAGCGCUGGGUUCUGAUAACUCUUUAGGUCCGUUAUUACUUUUGAUUUCUCAACAAUAUUCGAAUGCAGUUAAGAGUUUUAAAAUCAGUGAAAGUAGGUCAUUGGUGGAAUUUACAAAACUACUUCUAUCCAAGUUUGAAGUCCAAGAACAGAUUACAGGAUUCAGAAAAUUUUUGGAACUAUACGAAAAACUACUUUUGGCAAAUAAAAACCCAGAGAAAAAGGUUACCUUGGAAACACAAGCUUUAUUCUCAAGUAAGAUUUUGAAUUUAACACAGAGUGAAUUCUGUGACUUGACCAACAAUAGUUAUGACUUUUUGACAAAAGUUAUUGUUGAUACUAACGAUGAUUAUUAUGAUAGUAGCAGAAACUUCAAAAUUAGACUAUACAGUAUUAUUCUGGAUCCAACUGUAAGCAAUGCUACAAGAAAGGCCCUUGAUGAAUCAUACAGUUCUGUAUUAAAGAUGAUCUUAUCUUUGAUUGCGGACUACCCUGACAUAUUUGUAUUCGAGACGAAUGAAAACUCUGAGAAGCAAAACUCAGUUCACUUCAUUGGAGACAUUUUGGAGGAAAUAAAACAAUCCUUAUAUGGCUUGCUGCAUGCAAUUUUGGACGUAUUACCUAUUAAUGUAUUCCUAACAACCACUGUGCCCCUUUUGGAAUCUUCUAUUGAUAAGGAGAUCAGAUAUCAUAUUGCGUCAAAUAUCUUUGACAAGUUCGAAAAUGAAACAGUUGAUGAUCAUGAAUUAACUCAAUCUGUGGUACAUACACUGAACGAGAAGAUACCUCAAGAAGAAAACAAUGUUGCUCAGGUGUUAUUAAAUUUGCAGUCAUCUCUCAUUAACAAAUACGGCAGCUUCUUUGAUAAUAAUUUAUUAGUUGAGGUCUUGAACUUAGCAUCUGGUCUUAUUUCGACUGGACCUAGAGAGUUACAAAUCUCAUCGAUCGCUGUCAUCACCAACUGUGUCAGUGUAAUGGGUGUUAAAUUCAUUUCAUUUUAUCCAAAAGUUGUCCCUAUUUGUAUCAAAUUAUUUAACGAGACUAGAGCCAGUAAAGAAGAAUUGGCACCUCAAUUGCAACUUUCAAUUUUACUGUUAUUCACUGCGCUUGUGAAAUCCAUUCCUAGCUUCUUGACUUCCGACUUGAUUUCUCUAAUGAAAUUAAUUUUCUUCUCUAGUGGUGUGGAAGUCACAACAAGGUUAUCGGUCAUUCAAUUAGUCACUGAGAAACUAGAUUUGAAGAAUGUCUUGGGUACUUUACUAAAAGUCUGGAAUUCAGAAGUCAAAGAAUCUGGGGACUCAACCGCUAUUUCCCUAUUUUUGAGUUUGCUUGAAGGUACUGUUGAGAAGAUUGAAAAGAAAUCUGCUACAUCCCAGUCACCAUUGUUCUUCAAGUUGUUAAUCUGCUUGUUUGAAUUUAGAUCACAAUCUGAAUUUGAUACUAACACAAUUAGUAGAAUCGAAUCAUCUGUUUAUGCGGUUGCUAAUACCUAUGUUUUGAAGUUGAACGAUAAAGUUUUCAGGCCUUUAUUUGUAAUACUGAUUAAGUGGGCAUUUGAUGGUGAAGGUGUUUCUUCUGAAUCCAUUACUGAAAAGGAAAGACUAACAGCAUUCUUCAAGUUCUUCAAUAGAUUACAAGAGAACUUGAAGGGUAUCAUCACAUCAUAUUUUACUUAUUUGAUUGAACCUGUAAAUGAAUUAUUGAAAAGAUUUAUUUCCGGUGAUAUUUCCGAUGUUAACUUGCGUCGUUUGCUACUAAAUUCCUUGACUUCAUCGCUAAAGUACGACCGUGAUGAAUAUUGGCAAUCAACUUCUAGAUUCGAACUGAUCUGCCCAAGUCUGGUGAACCAAUUGAGCAAUAUUGAGCCAACCAUUGGUAAGUAUUUGGUUAAAGCUAUUGGUUCUCUAGCAGCCAAAAAUAGUUCUGUCGAUGAGCACAAUCAAAUGAUGAACAAGCUAUUAGUAGAGCACAUGAAGGCUACUUGUUCAUCAAAUGAGAAGCUGUGGGCUGUCAGGACAGUCAAGCUGAUCUAUUCGAAGGUUGGAGAAAGCUGGUUAGUCCUUCUACCACAAAUGGUACCAAUUAUUGCCGAAUUACUUGAAGAUGACAAUGAAGAGGUUGAAUCUGAAGUAAGAGGUGGUUUAGUGAGAGUUAUGGAGAAUGUGUUGGGUGAACCUUUCGACAGAUACCUUGACUAG